CUAGGGACCGACUGCCCCAAGGUCGCAUAGCUCCCUCCACCCCCCCUUCCCCGGCCUUGGCCUCUUCAGAUCCUAAGGCCCCUGUACCUUCAAUCCUAGAACCUUAACAUCGUUGACCCUUUCAGGCUUAGCACUGGUGACAUUCACAAUCCGAGACUCCUAGCGCUCUCCGCGCUCCCAGCGCCAGAUCCUCAGCAACAUGGAUCCUUCUGGUCCUAGAACCUUAGCACUGGCCACCCUUCUGGUCCUAGAAUAUUAGUAUUGGAUCCUUCUGGUCCUAGAACGUUAGCACCGGCCAUCCUUCUGGUCCUAGAACGUUAGCACCGGCCAUCCUACUGGUCCUAGAAUCUUAGCAUUGUUGAUCCUUCCAGUCCAAGAACCUUAGAAUAGUCAACACUUACGCUCUUGGAAUCUUAGCACUGCCCACCCUUUCAGUCCUAGAAACUUAGCACCAAUGACCCUUCUUUGUCUUGACGCUGUUGACCCUUAGGAUUCUAGAACCCUUACACUGCUCCCGCCUUGGACCCUAGGGCAUUAGCCCUGGUGACUCUUCCAGUCUUAGAACUUUAGACUUGAUGACACUUUCAAUCUUAGAAUUUAGCACCAAUGAGCCUUCGAAACCUAAACCUUAGCUUCAUCCCCUGUUGGGAUCCCAGACCCUUGACUCUUACAGUUUUAGGACGGUAGCACUUUUGGCCCCUAGAAGUCUAUACACGUAGAACCUGAAUACCAUUGAAUGUCCCAGUCCUAGACUCAUAACCAUUGAGCCUUUGAAUCUGAAAACACAUCCAUCAUUGUGGCUGGGGGACGGAAUAUGGUGAUUAGCUAUGACUGGGUCGAUACCAAUUCCAGGGAAAAGUGAGUUAGCCACACCCAAACUGCACAUUGGAAGGUGAAGGCAGUGGGUGGUUCCUCAAACAAAAUCAGGAUGCUGUCACCAGAAGAAUGGGACGUUUUGGGAAUCCCACUUGGGAGUACGUGUUGAUGACAUUCACACCCCAUCCGUGAGGGAUGGAGGGGGGAUAGGGGAGUGUGGAAUGGUAAGACCUGAGUGAAGUCUGAUUUGCAGGGCUUCUGGCCAAGAAGAAGCCAUUGGCAAAAAGCCUGUGUGGGUGUGUGGGGAGGGGUGGGCAGGCACAGGCUGGGGAAGGCAAAAACACAGAAGUGGGAGUGAGGGCUGCACUGGUCGGGACUAGGAGCGGAGGUGGAAGAAAGCUUCCGUCUGCUGAAGCUCUAGUGGGUGAGACCUUGCGUGUCAGAUCAUCAAGCCUGGACUUGACCCCUGCAAGUCCUGCCCGGACACCAUCCAUCAGGGAGCUGACUCAGAGAGCUGGAGCCAGGGGAGCAACAAUUCCAGAGACUUCCUUUGAGGGAUGAGCAAAGCUGGCCUCAAGAGAGGAAGGGAGUGGCCCAGAGAGGUGCUAGGUCUGGUGGACAUGGUCGCCUUGGAGAACGGGGAACUGGGGUCCCUUCUGUCCCCUGGCACCCUUCGUGGCUUGGAGGAUGAAUGUGUCACAGAUGUUAAGGCGCAGACUCGGGCAGCCCUGCUUCGAGUGCUACAGGAGGACGAGGAGCACUGGGGGAGUGCGGAGGACUGGUCCAGCAGCCUGGCACAGGAUGUGUGUGAGCUGCUGGAAGAACACACGGAGCGAGCGCCCCGCAUCAGCCAGGAGUUUGGGGAGCGGAUGGCCCACUGCUGCCUCGGGGGGCUGGCAGAAUUCCUGCAGAGCUUCCAGCAGCGCGUGGAAAGAUUCCAUGAGAACCCAGGAGUCCGGGAGCUGCUACCCGACACUUAUAUCAGCAGGACCAUCUCCCUGGUCAAUUGUGGGCCCCUCCUGAGGGCUCUGGCGGAGCGCCUGGCCCGGGUGGGGCCCCCUGAAAGUGAGCCGGCCCGGGAAGCAGCUGCCAGUGCUCUGGAUCGUGUGACCCGGCUCUGCCACCGUGUCCUGACCGACCUGCUGUUCCAGGAGUUGCAGCCGCACUUCAACAAGCUGAUGCGCAGGAAGUGGCUGAGCAGCUCUGAGGCCCUGGAUGGCAUCGUGGGCACGCUGGGCGCUAAGGCCCUGGCCCUGCGCAGGAUGCAGGAUGAGCCUUACCAGGCGCUGGUGGCCGAGCUGCACCGGCGGGCGCUGAUCGAGUACGUGCGGCCCCUGUUUCGCGGGCGCCUGCGCUGCGGCUCCACGCGGACCCGCAGCCGCGUGGCCGGGAGGCUCCGGGAGGACGCGGCGCAGCUGCAGAGGCUGUUCAGGCGCCUGGAGUCCCAGGCCUCGUGGCUGGACGCCGUGGUGCCCCGUUUGGCCGAAGUUCUGCAUCUGGAAGACACGCCCAGCAUCCAGAUGGAGGUGGGGAUGCUGGUGCGGGACUACCCAGACAUCAGGCAGAAGCACGUGGCCACCCUCCUCGACAUCCGUGGCCUGCGCCACACAGUUGCCCGCCAUGAGAUCCUGGCGGUGGCCCGGGACCUGGAACUGUCAGAGGGGGGAGCUCUGUCACCCUCUCGGGACCAUGCCUUCUUCGCAGACAUCCCUGUGCCCCGGCCACCUUUCUGCCUCAGCCUCCCUCUCUCCCUGGGCUGCAUCCCCCUCUCCCGGCUGGCCCAUCUGCCCUGGCCUCGGCCUCCGUCCGCAUCACAGCCCCGGGCCCAGCACUGAGACACUCCAGGCUCCGCCUGGGCACCACCCCACAUCUCUGCUGCUGACAAACCGUCCUCCUGGCUCCCUGCCUGGGACCACAGACCUCUGGGCGGGAGAGAUCCUUCAGGGUCUCCUCACCUACCCUCAAACGCCCUGUCCAGAAGAGAAACAGGCCCGAAGGAGCAGGACUUGUCCACGGCCACGAAGCCCGCCCCCAGCACCACCUCUCUAGCCCAGUGUGUGGUGCGUGGCGUUUUGGAAGGCUCUCCAGAAAUAUCCCAAGCCCCCCCUUUCCCCUCACCUCAAGGUCUGGCCUCAAGCCAAUGUAUUAAGGAACGUACGAUACUUAGAAUAAAGAGGUUUCUAUUUAACACAA